CAUUUUAACUUAUGGGUAAAAAAUUCAGUUUUGUACUAAUUUAUCUAUGAUAUUUAUCUAUGACGUAGUUAAUUAUCAAAGAGAGGUUAUUUGAAAAAAUUUUAUCAUCUGUUAUCGACUUAACUGAACUUAUAUUUAUAUAUUGAACUCUCGCAAACAGAAUAAAUCGACAUUUUGAAUAACCGGCAAUUUCAGGGUAGCAGUGUAGUGUUUGGUAUACUUAGGUUAGAAUAGCUAUUUUCAUAAUUAAAAAUAUUCGUGAUAAAUCUGAAUGUCAUGUGAUUAGUACGACAUUUUUCGAUGUUAAUAGUGAUUAAUAUUCGAAUGAAAGUUUAUUGAUCUAAAAUAUAUUUUUCGUGGUGAUACAGUAUAUGUCCAAGGUUGUCAAAAUAUCUACCAACUGUUCUUCUGUCAAAUGAUUUUUAUACGACUUUGAUAAAAAAAGAUAAAUAACUUAAAUUGCAACAAUAUUAACGAUAUUUCAUGCAUUGAAAAUGGCCGCGAGUGAACCAGGUGUAUCAUUACUUUCUAGAGAAGAUAAUAAGUGGAGAAAAGAUUUAAUUUUUCAAUUACAAGAAAGGAACAAGAGACAAACAUAUUGUUUUGCAGAUCUUAUUAGUUUACAUAAUAGAUUGUUUGAAAGUGCAAAUACAUUACGUGGAGAAAAUAUUCAGCUAACUAUAGCAAAUGAAACUCUCCGUCGUGAAGCAGCAAGUGGGACUCCUGGUUUAAGUGUAAAUGCUGAUCUUGAAGCUCGCCUUCUAAAGCAAGCAGAAGAAUUAGCAACAUUACAUAAAAGAAAAGGAGAACAUACACAACAAAUAGUAGAUCUCAAUAAUAAAUUACAAGAAAUGAUGAAAGAACUUCAAGUCAAGGAAACAAGUCUUGCAGAAAGUAUAGAGCUUAAUACAAAUUUACGUUUAGUAUCUAAAUGCCUUAACAAAGAGAAAGAAUUGGAAAGCAUUAAUCAAAUGUUAAAAGAUGAGCAUCAAGCUUUGCAACUUGCUUUUGCAUCUUUAGAAGAAAAGCUUAGAAAAACACAGGUAUUAUUGCAAUAAUA